GCCUGCCUGGCUGCGAUGAACCGCUUCAACGAUUGCCUUCAGAUGGUCAACGCGGAGGUAGAACUCGACAAGAGCAACGCCGACCUCUUCGUCCUGAGGGCUCGUCUCUUCGAAUACUUCGGGAAGGCAAGCUGCUGCUUUUGCAACAUCCAAGAGGCCCUGGCGUUGGAUCCAGACCACGCGGAAGCCCAGCUUCUCUUGAGGAAGAUGACCAAGGAGGCAGAGAGGUCUAAAGAUUGUGCGGUGACCCUGGCCAUCAAGGGCAACCUGAAAGGGGCUUUGCUGAAGAUCAACCGAGCCAUCAACUACAACCCCUUGGGUGAAAAGUAUUUCCUCUUCAGGUACCUUUGGUCUUUGGUCUCACCCUCUUCAGGUGUGGUCACUGGGGUUUUGGACUUCUGUGCCGCAGACCUGCAAGAGGGUGUAAAUGAGACAGGUGAGGAGAGGAAUGCUGGGAGGGAGAACAGAUUGGAAUGACAUUUGCUGCUCAAAAAGACCACCGUGAGAACUGGAUCGCUCUCAACCCCAAAAGUUGGGCUCCUUGGCCCGGGAUUUUUCUUUGGGGGGGGAGGCUUCCUCGGGGGACUGA